CAGGGCCCCAACCCACAGGGUUUCCGAGCUUCGUCCGGACGUGGACACAAGGAGUGACCGUACUGGCCAAAACCCUUCAGCCCUCAAGCCACGAGGACGAAUUUCAGACCCGUUGUGAUUGUUCCACGAUCCGACCCAGAGCGUGGCCUGCGGCACGAGAGCGCCGCAGUCAAGCGCCCCUAAUCCCGUUAUCUGCUCUCCUCCCGCCUCCACCUCCAUCCCUGCCAUCCCACCCCCCAAGGAGCUUUACGGACCAGAUCUUCGAGGAGCUGUUCGGCUCCGAUGCUAUGUUCUGCUACGCAUUCGCCGGCUCACACACACGGCGUGCGCGUCUCAGGUUCAGCACACCGUGGAUUUAAUCCACGGGUGCACACUAGUCAGCUAUAACGCUGGGAUCAGCGCGUGCGAGAAAGGCGAGCAGUGGCAGCGGGCUCUUUCGCUGCUCAGCAACGUGUGGGAGGUGCAGUUGGAACCUGACGACGUCAGCUACAGCGCUGGGAUCAGCGCGUGUGGAAAGGGCAAGCAGUGGCAGCGCGCUCUAUCGCUGCUCUGUGAGAUGCGCGAGGCAAAGGGGGAGGCCAGCAUCAUCAGCUACGCCGCUGGGAUCAGCGCCUGCGAGAAAGGCGGCCAGUGGCAGCGCGCACUGUCGCUGCUCAGCGAGUUGCGGAAAGUAAGGCUGGAGCCCACCGCCCUCCUCACCUACAAUGCUGGCAUCAGCGCGUGCGAGAAAGGCAAGCAGUGGCAGCAUGCCUUGUCGCUGCUCAGCCAGAUGUGGGAGGCGAGGGUGGAGGCCAGCGUCGUCAGCUGUGGCGCUGGGGUCAGCGCGUGCGAGAAAGGCGGCCAGUGGCAGCAGGCCUUGUCGCUGCUCAACAACAUGUCGGAGGCGAAGCUGACGGCCAACUGCAUCUGCUACAACGCCGGCAUCAGCGCGUGUGAGAAGGGGAGCCAGUGGCAGCAGGCCCUUUCGCUGCUCAGCAGGAUGUGUGAGGCAAAGGUGGAGGCCGACGUCAUCUACACUACAGUCAACCCGCAUAGUAAGGAUGAGCCACUCCCCAAGGCUG